AUGGAUUUCCUGCGCAAGAACUUCGUGUACAGAUAUUUCAGAACUCUGCCUUUUGAUAUAUUUGUACAGAGAGCAGCUGAAGCCAAACACACGGAGUACUUUCUGUCUGAGGAUGAAAAGUACUACUUGCGAUCUCUGGGUGAUGAUCCUAGGCAGGAUAUUGCAGAUAUCAGAAAACAGUUUCCUGUUUUGGCAGAAGAUAUUCAGAUCCCAGAGUAUUUUGAAAAGGAACAGUUUUUCUCUAGUGUCUUCUACUAUAUAUUCAUUCUUAACUCUUGGCUGACAUCUCUCUAACUAUCCUCAUUCCAGGUAAUGGAUAAUUUGUUAAUCCAAGUAACAGGGAAAAAGCGAGUUGUCUUGUAUAGUCCUCAAGAUGCACCUUAUUUAUAUUUAUCAGGCUCUAAAUCAGAGGUGCUGGAUGUGGAUAAUCCAGACUUUGAGAAAUACCCUCUUUUCCUGAAAGCUAAGCGCUACGAAUGUUACCUGGAAGCAGGAGAUGUAUUAUUUAUUCCAGCUUUGUGGUUCCAUAACGUAAUUUCUGAGGAAUUUGGAGUGGGAGUGAAUGUCUUUUGGAAGCACCUUCCCUCUAACUGCUAUGAUAAAAAUGACACUUACGGAAAUAAGGAUCCCACCGCAGCCUCUAGAGCUAUGCAAAUCUUGGACAGAGCCCUGAAAACACUUGAAGAACUACCUGAGGAAUACAGGGAUUUUUAUGCUCGGAGAAUGGUGUUACGCAUCCAAGAAAAAGCCUAUAGGACUGACUGUAAGUAAAAUAACACACUGCAAGGCACCAAAAUCUGCCGAAAUCACAGAAGCAUAUGUUGUUA